AUGGGGAUCUGUUUCCUCAUCAACAUCAUCUUCUCCACCAUAACCCUGAUGUCAAACCUCCUUUCUCGUCUGCUCUUCAACGUCACAGCCUACCUCCUCGUAAUAGCAAUCCAAGGUUUAAAAGUCCCCGGAGAAGCACUGCGGGCUGGAAUGGAGCAGAUCUCCGGUCUGAUCAAAUCUUGUGUUGAGUACCUUUUUGGGAUUAUUAUGGAGGUGAUGAGUGAGAUUGUUGGGUUAGCUUUUGAUUUAGUGAAAGAAGUUAUUUUUGGUUCGGUGACUGCCACUGGGGCGGCGGCCGGAGGGUUGGUGGAGAAGAUGAGGUCGGGGUUUGAGCUGCUGGUGGAAGAUAUUCCGGCGGUGAUGGAGGGUGCGAUGGAGAUGGUUACUACAAUGGUGACUGAUUUAUGGAAUAAUUAUAUUGAAGCUCAGAGUUAUGUUACAGAGAACGCUUGA